AUGAAGGACGACAUAACCAUGAUGGCUCUUACAGAUGAGACCUAUGUAGUGAAUAAUGGUUCAGAAUUAAAGAGACGAAGUGAGUCCAAGCUUCAGGCUCUAUAUAAAUCAGUACUUGUAGUAGAAAAAGUGAGAGGAACUUGCGAAGCCAGCGGUGAGAAAUUAAAUGUAAAUGGUAUACGACUAGUCAAUGGUACGCAGCCAUAUAGUGGGAGAGUAGAAAUUAACAUCAAUGGUGUAUGGGGAACUGUUUGUGAUGACUCGUUUGAUUUUAAUGAUGCAAAUGUCAUGUGUCGAAUGAUCGGUCUCAAAGCAACAACAUUUGAAUCGAGUGCUUUUUAUGGACCUGGGAUUGGACCUAUAUUUGCUCAAGAGUUUAAGUGUAACGGAAUAGAAUCACAUAUAAAAGAUUGUGAAUUCGUUCCUAAUGUCGAAUGUACACAUGAUAGGGAUAUCAGCAUUUUUUGCACAGAAUGUGGUAAAUUAGAAAUACGUAAUGGAAAAACGCAGUCCAUAUCAGCGGAUGGAAGAAAUAUCGUAAUAUCAUGUAUAGAUGGGUACAGCUCAAACAUUACAACAAGUAUUUGUGAAAGUGGAAGCUGGUUAUACAGAAUUUUCUACACGUCUUCAAACGUUUACGGAUCGGGCACCGGACCAAUACAUAUAGACAAUCUGAAUUGUGAAGGAGAUGAAACUAAUAUAGAUGAGUGCAAAUACAGUCAGGACGUGUCAUGUACUGACCACAAUCGAGAUGCUGCCGUCGCUUGCAACAGAUUUCGCAUACCGUACAUGUAUGUUCUUAGCAAGACAUUUAUUUUAGAAUGGCCAAUGACACUGGUAACAAAUACCAGACUUGUUAAUGGCACAGGACCUUAUGAUGGUCGUAUGGAGAUGUUUGUUAAUGGUCAAUGGGGAACAAUUGAUGCGAGAUAUGUUGAUAUGUAUGAUGCCCGCACGAUAUGUAACGCCCACAACGCAAGUCUAGCAAUGUAUUUCACGUCUGCAAUAUAUGGACAAGGGACAGGGCCUAUAUUAUCACGAGAGCUAUAUUGUAACGGUGAAAGGAGUCAUAUAAGCAGUUGUUCCGGCCAUUCACCAUACGGAUCUUCUGCUUCACAUACGUAUGAUUUAUCUAUAGCUUGCACAAAACACCCAUUACAAAUAGAAGACAUCGCUCUGCAUGGCGGACGUAGACCCACCGAAGGACGUGUUGAUCUGAAAGUAAACGAGACGUGGGGCACGAUUUGUGAUACAGGUUUUGAUUCUGCUGAUGCACGGGUUAUCUGUAGAAUGUUUGGUUUACAAUAUAAAAGCUUCUUCCCCAAAGCAAGCCAUUACAGUAAAAAAGGAAGUGGUCCAAUUUACAUCAGCAACAUGAAAUGUAAUGGCACAGAGUCACAUAUAAACGAAUGCAGUUACGAGAUUUCGAAUCAAUGUACACAUUACGAUGAUGUUGCAGUAGAGUGCACAGGGUACCAUUUAAACAUCACGGGCGUCAGACUGGCAGGAACAAAUGGACCAUAUCAUGGUAGAGUUGAGAUAAAGGUCAAUGAGACAUGGGGAACU